CCAUCAUGUACGCCUGGUACUUCCCCAAGGGUCGACAGUACAUUCGCAAGUACCGGUCUGGCCACCGUCACUACUGGUCGUACGCUAUCGUUUGGACGGACAAUCCGAACCCCGACAACUCGACCAUCCUCGGUGUGUCGAUGUCCUCCGGUGUCGGCUACAUGAAGCGCUCGCCUCCGAAGUCCGAGUACGUUAUUGAUGGCACGACGGUCAAGUUCGAUUCGUACAAUAGUUUCUGGGGUAGCAAGCAGGGAGUCCGACUCACGAAGAAAUCCGGCGACACUCAAGACCUCAUCACGUGGGAGCAGCUUUCGAAACAGGCUCGAACUGCUUUGAGCGAGGCCGACUUUGAUGUCCAGUGGACUUUGAAGAAGGUGGUCAUGCCGUUGAAGGACGGCGCGUUUACGGAUAGACUUCAGAAGGCGUAUCCGUUUUAGAUUAUUGUUUUGCUGUUGGCUAAGCACAUGAAUCUUUAUCUUCAACUGGUUAUUAAUACG